AUCAAUCAAGAAAGCAUGGCUACAAACAAGAUUUUGGUGAUGUCUCUCAUAAUAGUAGGAGCGAUGCUAGGAGGAGUAAUCCCAGGAGUUACAACAGGAAAGACAGCGAAAGCUUGUCCUCUCUAUUGCUUGCAAGUAGAGUACAUGACAUGUCUUUCCUCCGGCGAUGCCAAGCUCCCACCGAGAUGCAAUUGUUGCCUUGCUCCCAAAAACUGUACUCUCCAUCUCUCUGAUUCCACUUCUAUCCAUUGUAAGUAACAAAUGAUUAUAAAUCUAGUAAGAAACGUGAACGCCUGAUGGAAUCCCUUCUUCGAAUCCCAUCCAUUCCUCCCACUCGUCGAUUUCACCCAUCUCUGUAAUCUCCAUUUCUUCUUCUUCUUCUUGUCUCUCAAACUUUUGCAUCAAACACUGAAAAAAUUGUGAUGAAUAAAUAAAUGUUUGGUU